AAGAAAAGGAGUUGUGGCUUCGGCAUACUUCAAAUAAUGGGUCCUUGGAAUUUCCGGGAACUAAAUAGGAAAGCAAAUGAGUAAUUUCCCUUUUUCUCUUUUGGUUGAAAAGUGACAUACCAACUUCAAUAGCAAGAAAUCAGAAGUCUGGAUAUGAUAGUUUGCUUUAUACGGGAAGUGGGUACUGUUUAUUGCCUGUUCUUGUUGAUUUUGAAGAUCACAGAAGAGCAGAAAUUGCAAUUCCACAGCAAUUGAGCAAAUAGUGUAUAAACUAAUCUUUUAUGGAAGGCAUGUGCGGAGGAGGAGGAGGAGCAUCAUCAUCGUCAUCAGCAUCAACGUCGACCUCAACAUCGGACAUUUUGCAGAGUUGGAUAAAGAUUCAGCGUUCGCUUGAGCCGAGGUUAAUAACUGAGGAUGAUUUCACAUGGAAGCUACCCAUACAUGGAAGCACAUCCACCGGUGAAGAAGAUGAUCAAGCGGUCUUGAAGUAUGUUGGUGGUGUUGAUGUGAGCUGCGUGAAAGAAGACCAAUCAAUUGCAUGCGGGACACUCGUCGUUUUGGAUUUUCGCACUAGCAAAGUUGUGUACCAAGAGUCUGCUUAUGUCCCGGUUGAUGUUCCUUAUAUUGCUGGCUUCCUUGCAUUCAGAGAGGCUCCAGUACUUUUACAGCUUCUUGAAAAGAUGAGAAACAAUAACAAUCCAUACUACCCUCAGUUACUUAUGGUUGACGGUAAUGGGAUACUUCAUCCUGAAGGCUUUGGCAUGGCUUGUCAUCUAGGUGUUCUGGCCAAUCUUCCCACCAUUGGGAUUGGAAAGAAACUGCAUCACAUAGAUGGUCUUACUGAAUCUGGAGUGAGAAAAUGUCUUCAAGCCAAACAAAGAAGUGGUGAAAAUUUUAUUAUUUUGAAAGGACGCUCUGGGCGCAUACGUGGAGCGGCAAUGAGGUCAACUGAGGGCUCUGUGAAACCUAUAUUUAUUUCAAUUGGUCAUCGUAUAUCGCUUGAUACUGCUAUUGAAAUUGUUAAAAUGACUUGCAAGUUUCGUGUGCCAGAGCCUAUCCGGCAGGCUGAUAAAAGAUCCAGGGUUUACGUCCAGAAGCCUCAACAAAUGUUGAAACAAUUUGAUUGUUUGAAUCAGGAACCAAGUAUAUCUUGGAAAACUAUCACUGGCAAUCAUCUCUUCAAUAACUUGAAAGAGAACAAUAACCAAGUGAAUAGCUCAGUUGAAAUGGGGCAAGGUACAGUCAAAGGAAGAGGUAGAGGUCAAGGGAGGGGAGGGGGACUAGGAAAUGGUAAAUGGCAAGUUAAAGGACAAGUUGAAAAGGGAGGGAAAGGCCAGAGAGAACAAGAAACAGGACAUGCCCAUGAAAGAGGGGAAGGACAGUCAAAUAGGAGAGAAUAUGGUUAUGGCAGGGGCAGAGGCAGGGGCAGGGGCGGUGGAAGAGAGACAGCACAAGGUAGAGGAAGAGGGUUCAAAUGGGGAAACAAUUGUGAGUAUGCAUGGAUACGAAAGGAGUAGUAUCAUGCACGAUAGAACAGAUUAAUGCCUAAUUGAAAUGCUGUUGUUUUUGGAUUCGAGCCUGAACUGCCAAGAGUAAUUCAAAGAAGAAAGAUAGUUCCCUGCGAAAGACCAACAACGCUCUUUCUGUUUGGUGUUAAUCUAGCUCCCUGGCAUAUUUUGCAGAUUUUUCCCACUUGCUGUUAUAAAGGAGAUUACCAUACAUUAGAUUCUCGGAAAACAGUUUGAUUGUGUGCUGUAAUAUAUUGGGCGGUGAGUUUGGCAAUGCAAGUCUCUUGAAUUGCAAGGACUUUAGAGUCUGAAAUGUAAAUUGCAAAAACUUUGGGAUCCGAAAAAAUAAAAUGCUUAAGCUUGAGUAA